UGUUGCUACCGCACAAGGCAAGAGUGUAAAUUGUAACACGCGUUACUGUGUGUGGGCACCGCUCAAGAGGACUUCGCCACCCAGAGUCGUUUCCUUGAGGGAUCUUUCACUGGCGCCUCAUUCUGCAGCAGUGUUUGAACGGAGAGAGAAAGAGCUGGCUAGUGGGACUGUCAAGCAUUUAGCCAAUCGAAAGGCGCUUGGGCUGAAACUGACAUUUGGCAGCAAGCCUCAGCGCCUUACUGGAAAAGCGAAGAAGUAGAAGGGCUUUGUAACUCAGCCAUUCCCCCGCCUCUGGGGAGCGGGGACACUGAAAAGGAAGCAACCCCUCAGGGAGGAGACAAGUCUUAACAGAAGCUCAAGAAAUGGAGAACGGGACCGAUCCUGUAUGCAAGGCAAAUGAGCCUCCCUUCUCUCGCAACAUUAUCGGAAGCCUUGAUCUAACAGGUAUAUUUCUCUUUGCCAUCUUGACUGUAAUGACACUAAUAGCCAACCUGGUGUUUGUAGAGGAAGUGUUCUAUAUCUACAGGAAAACCCCCUCCUCUAAAAGGACGAUUUUUAUUUGGAUAAAUGCAGCAGCUCCGGUGAUAGCUACUACAUCAUGCAUCGGGAUGUGGAUUCCUCGCUCAACAAUGUUUACAGAUUUCACUGCAGCAGUUUUUUUUGCCAUUGUGAUCCACAAGUUCAUGCUGAUGAUGAUUAAAGAGUGUGGAGGUCAAAAGUUAUUUCUCAGGAGAUUUGCAAAUGAUCGUUUCAAGAUCAGCACAGGUCCUUGCUGUUGCUGUUGCCUUUGCCUCCCUUACGUACACAUCACUCGACGAACCCUGUUUCUGCUGAAGUUGGGGACCUUUCAACUUGCUUUUCUUCGACCUGUGUUAAUGUUUCUGUCAAUAGUGCUUUGGACCAAUGGAAACUACAACCUUUCUGAUUUAUCUCCUAAUGGAGCUGCAAUAUGGAUUAACUGCUUCGUUGCUGUCCUUACAUUCAUUGCUCUUUGGCCAAUUGGAAUCAUGUUUCAACAAGUUCGAGUUCUUCUUAACUAUAAGAAGAUCGUCCCUAAGUUUGCACUUUAUCAGUUUGUCCUCAUUCUGAGCCAUCUCCAGGCAGCCAUCAUCAAUAUCCUGGCUCUGCUAGGAGUUAUUCCCUGUGCACCACCUCUGGCUUCUUUAGCAAGAGGAGCAUAUAUGAACCAACAGCUCCUCAUAAUGGAAAUGUUUCUGAUAACACUGAUCUCAAGGGUGGUGUAUAGGAAAAGAUAUGAUGAUCUGGAACUUCCAGAGUGCACUGAUCAGGAAACUAGCGACAACAAACAGAACGCCAAGAUCACCCUAAAUGGCAAAGUUAUUGAAGAUGGAACCCAAAAUGUUUAGAAGAUGGAUGGAUGUGCUGUCUUCUGAGAGCUGGGACAAUACUUGUAGCCCAACUCGGCUUGCCCACGGCAAGAUCCCGACUAAUGUAUAUGCUUUACUUGAGGAGACGUCCAUUGCAACUUUUAUAUCCUUAUACUGCAAAUAGCAGAUAUCCGAGCUGGAACAGCUUCUGGUAUAAAUUCAUGUGAGCUGGACAGAAAGGACCAAAAAGUGGGAGGAUAAACCUCCUUAUUUUCCAGAGAUAGGACUCCACUGGCCAUCACAUACAGUCCCCAGCUAAAACCCCUCCAACGCAUCAUCAGGGAUCUACAACCCAUCCUGGACAAUGAUCCCACACUUUCACAGGCCUUGGGUGGCAGGCCAGUCCU